UAGUCGUGAAAUGUAGUGAAGAUACGAUUAUUUUGUCAAAAUCAUAAGCGCAUUUGUUGUGUGGUUUAGUACUUAAUGUCCGGAAGAAAAGUCUAGUCAUGCGUAAAGCAUCAUACACUCGUCUCUGCAAGCACAGCAGUAGCUCCAGUGAAGAUGACUCCGAGGAUUCCUUAAGUGAUACUUCGGAGUCACGGAUUAGCAUGGGACGUUGCUCAUCUGCACAGAAACACAUUAAUAAAGGACGUUGGUCAAAAGAUGAGGAUGAAAAAUUAAAGAUUUUGGUUGAAAAACACAGUUCUGAUGAUUGGACAUACAUAGCAAACUUUUUUCCUGAUCGAAACGAGCUACAGUGUCAGCAACGGUGGCAGAAAGUUGUAAGCCCUGAUUUAAUAAAGGGACCAUGGACAAAGGAGGAAGAUGAAAAGGUAGUUGAGUUGGUAAAGAAAUAUGGACCGAAAAAAUGGACUCUUAUUGCAAAGCAUCUGAGGGGACGAAUCGGCAAACAGUGUCGAGAGAGGUGGCAUAAUCAUUUGAACCCAUCUAUCAAAAAGUCAAAAUGGACUGAUGAUGAGGAAAAUAUUAUAUUUCAUGCACACAAACAGUUUGGAAACCAGUGGGCUAAAAUUGCCAAAUUACUGCCUGGAAGGACAGAUAAUGCAAUAAAAAACCACUGGAACUCAACUCUUAAGAAGAAAUUUGAAAAAGUAGAGUCUUUGAAGGAAAAUCCAUAUUGCAGGGGAAAUAUGUCUAAUACAAAUGUGAUCAGUGAAGGUGUUCAAAAGGCCUAUAUUGGGGAAUCGAAUAUCAGUUACCCAUCUACUAAUCAUAUUGGAAACACCUUAGAAAGAACUAGCUAUUGCUCCUCUUCUCAGCAAUCAGUUGAUAGGCAUCAGUUAGAGGAAUUUCAAGGUCUGCAGAAUGCAAAUGGAACAAACUCAAUGCAGAAAUUAAAAUCUCAAGAAAUUUACCCCCCUGAGUACAUGGAAAUUUUGCUCUCCCCUCUGAAAGAGUUUGAUAUGGAAGAAUUGGAAGACACUCCAGGGAAAACAACCGAUGCUGAUACUUUUGAUGGACUUAGUGCUCUUGACCUUCUUAAUGGAAGCAGUGUUACACCAAGCGUCACACCUAUUAAAUUUACAAGUCUCCAGAAAAAAGAUAAUGUUGGUAACAAUGAUAAUGAGGAAGUAGACCAAACAGUAAUCGAAGGAUUAAUCCAUGCAGCUAUUUCUAGCACAUCAAAACAAGUUACUCCACCCAUCUUGCGUAGAGGUAAACGAAGAAAAAAUCAUCCGCUAAUGAACAGUCAGCAAGAUACAAGUUCUUUGUUAGGAGAGUAUUCUCACACUCCAGUAAUAAACACAGAUUCUGAAACAAAAAUGGGUCAGCCAGCAUUUGGUGUAAUUACACAGCAGGCACAGUUAUGUGAAUCUUCUACAGCAGGGCCAGCUUUGCAGUACUGGAAUAUUACUUCUGUGGCUACUGCUUCAACUGCAGUUGAAACCAAACCAUCUGUGUUAAGUUUUCAGAAUGUUUUCUCAGCAGAAGUAUAUGGAAAAUCUAAUUCCCAAUUUCCACUAAUAAAUCAGACAGUAUCAUCUGCAUUUUCAACUAAUCUACCUACUGUUAUGACCAAGACACCAGCCAAGGAAACUCCUAUCAAACAGCUGCCCUUUUCACCAUCUCAGUUCUUGAACAGUCCCAACAUUUCUCGUGGCAUGAACCUGACAUCUACACCUGUGAGCAAUAGAUCUUCCCAUGCCAGUCUUCUACAGGAUUGUCUGCUUUCACAGACUCAACCAGGAAGUAGCCUCCAGACUCCUAAAUCGAGUCGAUUCUUAAGAGAAUCUAUACCCCACACCCCAACACCUUUUAAGGAUGCUCUGGCUGAAAUAGAAAAAAAAAGUGGGCCUCUGAAGCACACACUUCAUUCACCAUCACACCAACUUGAAGAUAUUCAUGAAUUAAUCAAACAAGAGUCAUCCUCUAACUUUAAGCCUCAGUUUAAUGACAUAUCAGCAUUGCCUUUUUCCAGCUACUCACUUAAUGAUAGUGGCUAUUUUACUGUGAAAAGGAAAGAAAACAAAGAGAAUCUUUUUCCAAACAAGAAGAUUUGCAAAGCUCUUCACUCAACCUGGUCCAUUCCUGGAGAAGUUAUAGUUCCUGGACUAGGAACUAGUGUGAAUGAAUCUUUUCCAGUGGACCCAGAAACACCAAGCAAGUCUUUGAUGGGAGAUUUAUCAGUUCUCUUUUCUCCACCAUCUAUAAUUAAGGAAACUUUACCAGAAGAAAGUGAAACAUUUAACAAUGCCUUUAUUGCACCUACUGAUUCAGCCAUUCCAAAACAAAAGCACAAGCUUCACUACUCUCGAAUAGCACAACACGUAAGCUCUGAGGAAACACCUUGCAAAAAAUCUUUACUGAAGCUUGAUAUGAGGUGGGAAAUGGUGGCUUGUGGCAAGACAAAGGACCAAAUAGAAUUGACCGAGCAAGCUCGUCGAUUAAUGGGCAACUUGCGACCUCGGGCACUCAAUCUGUAAAGUCAAAUUGACUCUCUUUUGAUGUCUGAAUGGAGCCUACAGAAUACCAGUGGAUAAAAUCUUCUAACUUAGGUAGCUGCUGAAUUGUAGUUACAUUUUAUGGUAUCAUCCUUAAUAUUGUCAUGGAGACCUUCUGUACUUCUAAAGCAUAGUUAACACUGACUUUCAUGAUGCAGCUUUUGGUGUUUAUAAAGGUUGGAAUUGGGGAGGGGGGGGUGUCAGUAGAAUAUUUAUAGCUUCAUGUAAAAGUGUUUUGUUUAUUGUUCUAACAUAUGCAUGUUUAAGUAUUGGAUUGUAAAUAUUAACCUUUUCAGUUCAGUAACAAGUUGUUAAAAGAAAAAGAAUAUAUAUAUAUAAUGACAAAAAUACUUACCAAAAGAUUAAAUUGAAUUUAGGUUCAGUGUGUAGCAAGUGUUAUUUAUUUUAGAAAAUGUAUAUCAAUUUCUGAUUUCUUCUGAAAAGUGGGUAGUUUUUAAUUGAGGACAACUGUGAUUUGUUUAGGUCUUUAGAUUUUCUUUUCCAGGUGAUAUUUUCUGUAUUAUUAAAUCUGAGUUAAUUACACUUUCAGUUGAUAAAUAUGAUGGAACAAUCAAUAUUUCUGUCCAGUUUUCAGUGGUUAAGAGAAUAAUGUUUAGUGAUGUGGUUUGUGUGUGAUUCUCUUUUUGCUCGUAAGUUUAAGGGUUUAAAACUGAACAAUUAGAUGUGAAUGAAACUUUUUAUGAUGAUAAUUUUUUUUCUGAAUUGAAAAAUAAUUAUAUGGAGAAAAACUGCCUGAGUUCAUAAGAUGUGAAGAACAAACUUACAAGUUCUGAUAUAAUUUUAUCAUAAAUUAUCUCUGUCUACUUGAUUGAAUUCAUUUUAAUGUAUGUGUUCAACUAUGAAUCAUAAGAUCCAGUUGUUUUAAUAUAAUGUUUUCGUAUCACAGAAUAUGUAUAGUGUUUGUGUUUUAUAGAUUGAAAUUACUAGGAAUGACAGCAGUUUGUAUUAGAUCAUGUUGUUUUUUCUGUUAAGAUCAGAAAACUGCUGUUUGUUGAUGACCUCAAGCUUUUUUUUUUUCACAAUUUUAACUGUUAACUAAAAUUACAGUUAUUUUCAAAGAGUCUAUUGCAAGGUUAUACUUAGAACAUUAAUUAAUUUAUCAAAUUUUGAUGUGGAGAGCCCUUCUUUUUUUUCUUCAUCAUCACAGUUGUGCUGGAAAUUAAAGGUUUUUUUUAUAUACCCAGAAGUUUCCAAACAAUAUUGGUAAAAAUGAUCUAAAAAUUAACCCAAAGGCUGGUUGUCUACUGACAUCAAACGUAAUGCAAGAACGAUGCUAAUGUACAUGCUGAACGUUAUUAUUUAAAGAUAUGUAUAUCACUGUAAAUAGGAAAUGAAAAAACUUAAAAAAAAAAACUUUUUGUUCCACCCUGAAGAGUAAGAGUUUUAAAAUAGAUUUUCCUCUUCUAAAUACCUUAAAUUGUAAAGAAUUUGAAGCUUUUUAUUAUUUUAAGAUUUUAAAUGAUUUAACUUUUGUCACUUAUUUGUUACUCACAUGAGUUUAAUUUUGCUUUGUUUGUUUUAAUGUGUAGUUUAGGCUUUUUUUUAUGUAAAAUUAAUUAAGUCAUGUCUUUGUUAGGAAAAAACUGAUACUUAGCAAUUGCAUUCAGACAGAAUCUUUAACAGAAAUUUUAAACGUUGCACAAUUUAAUAUGUACCUGAGGUGUUUAUUAUUCUUAAGAGAUGUAGUCAGUCCUCAUAUGUGGAUCAGUUUGUGUAGGAUCCUUUGUCAAUGUAGAUAGUUUUGUGGUCCCUGUGAUAACAGUAUAACUAGAUUGCAUUCAUUGUAAGCUUUUUGUAAUCGGAUUCUGAUAAAGUUGUGUAAGAUUAAAUUGGCUAGCAGCUUCAAUAAUAAAUUUUUGGAUAACCACCA